AUGUACUUCUGCUUUCACCUACUGCCUCCAGAAGCAUUUAUUUACAAAAAUAAAUCUUACAAAACCUGCUCAGCUUGUUUAACUACAAAGUCUAAUAAAAGAGCGGGAAAAAAAGCUUUACCUGUUGAUAACCAUUUAGAAAGCACGAAUGACCAAAUAGAAAACCAAUUCAAAGAUGAAAUAGAGACAAUUACCUUUACUGAUAUUAUCGAACACAUUUUUAAUAAAAUUUCUAGCCUUAAGCAAAACCAAAAAUUAUCCUUCAACUUAUGUGUCAAAAUCGAUGAUAAUAUAUUGACUAAGAUUAAUCAUAAUAUGAGACUUUUGGUAAGAUUAAUAGUAGAUAAGAUCGAAGAAGGAGACAGAUACAAUUGA